GUAUGUUUCUUGUGUUGUUGUGAGCAGUGGGAGGGUCAGUGCUGUGUUGUGUUGUGAGCAGUGGGAGGGUCAGUGCUGAGGGUUCAUCUGGACUGACCGACUGACCGCUGGAUCUGAGCUCCCGGAUCUCUGCAGGAGCCGCCGAGUUUCCAGCGCACGGAAGUAUCGGGUGUGGAAUAUUCUGGUCACUGUUCACAAUAUCAGCCACAACUGUUGAGUCCAUCAGGAGAGACACAUUCACAGCAAACCACAGUCUGAACAUGAGGAGCAUCACGUGUUUCAUAACUGUUCUUUUGUGCCUGAAAAGCGCGACUUCAGAUUCCAGUGUGAUCUGUGAGCUUAAGGAUGUAUCCGGAAACAGAAACGAUUGGAUCGUCCUGCAGGAAAUGUAUCUGGGAUGCUGGACGAACUUCACCAGCCUGAACGGGACAAAAGUCCACAUCCUCAAGCUACUGUCCUCCACUGAACAACACUCAAUGUUAGAGCUAAACGUAACUGUGGCAAACCCAUCAGUGGUGAUCAUCACCUCCAGCAGCGAUUACACCAUCCUGCUUCAAGACAAUCCCACAGUGGACAUCUAUAAAACAAAUGGGGCCUUAAUAAAUUUUAUCCUGCCAACUGGAAAACGUCCACAACCUCACAUUGCCCCGUUCACAAACAGCGAUUCUGAGCUUCUGAAAUGGGCAGCAGAGACAUUUGGUGGAGUCACAUCCUUCACCACAGCACGAGAUCCCAAGAUCAUCACUUUCACUGGGAUGAAGGGAACACAGCAAUCCUCAACAUGUGACCUGCAGCCAGAAAUAGCAGCAGAUAAACAGUUAAUUAAGAUGUCUCUGAAAUCUCCAACUGAUGACCUCAAAUCAUGUUACACGAAGCAUUCUGGAGAACCGAUUCACGUCAUCAAUAUUCCUGAUGAUGUCAAAAUAAGGCAUGUUAAUGUGCAUUUGCCAUCCAAGUCCAAAGUGACCCUGAGAGGUCCAGCAAACACUGAGUGGACAAUCCACAACAGUUUCGGCGUCAAAUUACUGUCUAACAAUCUUGUAACCUUAAAUGGGAAGAAGUCGCUUCCGAACCAGACAAUCUCGGAUGAACCUAAAGAAAUCAGGCAGAAGGUGUUUUCUUACUACAAGAGCACCUUCAUCACCAGCUACUCUGAGAUCCAUCUGAACGUGUCACACAUCCAGCUGUGGAUCAGGGACAACAAUAACUUUUCAGUACCUGUAGAAGUGGAGCCCACGACAUCAGCACCGGUUCCUCUUCAGAUGCAGCUGUUCUCGUCUCCAGACUACACGUUUCCUCUAGAUCCCAGCAGAAAAGUUCCGAGUGACAAGAGGAUCUAUGCAGAGAUCUCAAGUCAGAGCUUCGGAGAGAUUCCCUUAAGCAUGAAGGUCAGCAGCUGUCAGGUUAGCUCCAUGCCAGAGGUGAGGGACAUGCCGUUUAAAGAGGAGGCGUGUUACAUUAAGGACUGUCCCAAGAGACUCCGAUUUUCCUUUGAAAUGCUUGGGAACCUGCCUUCCAGCUCAUGGGACCUCAAAUGUGCAGUUCAACUUUGUCAUGAAAGUGGAAAGUUUUGUACAAAGGAAACACAAGUAAAGAGAAACUUCCAGGUCAAGCCAUAUAUCCCAAACAAAAAUCCAUGUUUUGAGUUUGGGCUCUCAUCUGUUCUGGGAAUCGCGUUUGGAGGAUUUCUGAUCGGAGUUCUCCUCACUGGUGCUUUAUGGUUCAUUAAGAUACGCACAGGGCAUCCUGUGGCUCUGGGAAUGCGAUCAACGGCGGCCGAGCUCUCAGUCCUCUCUAUAACCGGAUGCCCGUGUGGUCUGACCAAACGGCAGCCAGUGCCCACCCACCAGUCUCCCUCAGAGAACAGCAGUGGCAAUGCCAGCAUUGGCAGCACCCAGAGCACGCCCACGAGCAGCAUGGCAUAACGCCGUCACCCUGUGUCACUCGUCUCCUAAUGCUCGCUCACUCUCAAAGCCAUCUUGCUCCACGCAUCCCAUCAUCCCGAGCAAGAGAAAAAGAGAGGCGUAGCAGUCCUCAAACAUUCCCUGUACUUCACAAUACUCCAUUUGCUCCCCCGGCUACGGGAAGUCAGUAGGGACGAAGAACAAAAAAAGAAAAGGCAUGGCUCCCAGAGACAGGAAAAACAACGCAUAACCCCCAGGAACUAACAGGAAAUUUGUCGCAUUCUUGUGCCGGUGCCUCUCUGAUGGAGGCAAAAUAAGAUUUCACAGACAAACAUUAGUCUGACGUAUCAGUUCGCUUUAAGAUGGGAUUAAAUAUGGCUCAAAGAGACGAGUGAACAAACGUCAGACUCCUAUCCAAACACUUAGCCGUGGACUGAUGAAAAGAUGAAACCUUCCAACAAAUCAACUAUUGGACAUGCACAUAGAAGGAAACACAUUUUUAUUUUUAGAGUUUUUACUGAAAAGGCUGUCCCACAUGGGACAGAUUUGAAAAUGGCUACCUCUGAGUCUCUGAUUUGUUAAUAUUUGUUUAACCAUAACUAAAAACAGUGGCUGAAUUUAUUAAAUAUAACAAACUGUGUCUUAUUUAACCCUCAGAUCAAUAGAAAGACAAAAGCAAUUAUGUAAGACAUUUAUUGAUGUGACAUUUUAUUUCAGUCUCUCUCUCUCUCUCUCUCUCUCUCUCUCUCUCUCUCUCUCUCUCUCUCUCUCUCUCUAUAUAUAUAUAUAUAUAUAUAUAUAUAUAUAUAUAUAUAAAAUAAAAUUAUGGUAAUAAUUUGAAUAUUUGUUGCACUGCCCUUAAUAAUCCUAAUUUAUUUUUUUAUAUCUAAAAUGCAUUUUUCUUUUGAUUAUAGAGUGAAAUAUGACCCAUAAUGAUUCAUAUGGAUGUUUUUUUUUUACUUCAUUGAGUGACAAUAUGUUUGAUUAAUUACCUUAGUAAUUAAGUAACUUAAUUAACUGAAGAUAUAUUUUUUUGUGUGCAUGAUUUUAGUACGUAGAUGCUUUAAUCUGUGAAUUCAUUAGAGUCAAUUGGACAUCAAAUAUUAGUCGAUGUGAUAAAGAUGCUGGAACAUCAUUUUAAAUUCAGUUUGUUCAGUUUAAAUUCAAAUAUUUCUUCCAGUAGUAAUUGGGUGAAAAUAUAAAGUUAAUCCCAUACUGAAAUUGGUUUGUAAAUGAUGGCCAAUAUGUGUGACGUUCAAUUUACAUCAAAUCAACGGCAUGUCAAGUUUUUGAUGUCAGUUUGAUUAGCAUAUUUGACCGUUUUUUUGUUUGUUUGUUUAGUUUUUUUACAUAAAUUUUGAUGUCAUUUAGAUGUCUUUUCAACAUCAAUUGUCCACUGGGUUGUCUGUUUAUAUGACAAAAGAGCAAGUGAUGAUAUAAAGUAGGUCAAAAAUGAAAGAAGUAUCAUCAGUUAUCAACCCUCAUCCCUGUCAUCCCAAGCUUGUAUGGCUUUCUUUCAUCUGUGGAUCACAAAAGGAGAUGUUUAACACAAUGUUCAUGCUGCUCUUUUCCAUGCAGUAUAUGCAGAUAGUGAGCAGGAGUUGGCAAGCUUCAAAGAGGAAAAGUAUUAAUAAUAACCAAAUUCCAAGUCUUCUGAAGCCAUGUGACAGUUUUUUUUUUUUUUUUUUGUAAGAAAUAGAGACAAAUUGAAAUCAUUAUUAACUCAGAGAGGAUUUUCAGUGUGCGACGGCUUAAAUUACUAGAGUUUGUAUAAAGAGUACUGCUGUGAACUGUUCCUUUAACAUCAGGUGGAUGUGCGAUUUGUGCAAUAUCUGUGGUGUUACUUUGUUCAUAUAUUUUUUUGUGUCUAUAUGUUACAUUUUUAUACUGCAUUCGUAUAUUCAAUAUUCAACAUUUGUAUUGCAUGUUCUGCUUUCUAUGGAAUGUUCCCAUCUAAAGCACUUACCAUAUGGUCAUUAUCUGAAGUCAUAUUUCUUCUGUUCUCCCCAUUCUGAAAGUUCAUUUUAAUCCGGUUGGACAUACUUUAAAUUAAAUCAUGAAAUCAAUGCGUCCUAA